AUGUCUGUUCCCUCUUAUGCCCACCAACCCGUUAUGUUGAAAGAAGUUCUAGAAACCUUAGAGGCAGAUAAAGAAGGCCUCUAUGUUGAUGGAACCUUUGGGGUUGGAGGGUAUACCCAAGGUAUUUUAGAAGCGAACCCUAAAAAUCAUGUAAUUGCUAUUGAUCGUGAUCCUGAAGCGAAGGUGAGAUCUCAGCGAUUAAAAGAUAAGUAUCAAGAACGCUUUACAUUUUGUUCUGGGUGUUUUGGAGAAAUGAAUACUCUUGUGGAGCAAACGUUAGGGCACGGGCGUAAGGUUCAAGGAAUUUGUUUGGAUUUGGGGGUGUCUUCUCCGCAAUUAGAUCAAGCAGAGAGAGGGUUUUCUUUUCGCUUUGAGGGGCCUUUGGAUAUGCGUAUGAAUCCAGAGGGCUCAGAGCCAACAGCUGCAGAUGUUAUUGCUGAGAAAGAUGAGAAAGAACUGGCUGAUAUUUUUUGGCAAUUAGGGGAGGAGCGCUACUCUCGAAAAGUGGCUAGAAAAAUUAUUGAAGUUCGGAAAGAAAAAGAAAUUCGAACGACACAACAGCUAGCAGACAUUGUGCGCUCGGUUGUUUCCAAAGAACGGAGAGGGGGAAGUAAAAGGAGCUCUUCUAUUGACUCGGCUACACGUGUUUUUCAAGCACUGCGACUUUAUGUCAAUGAUGAACUGGGCGAGUUGGAGCGUGGAUUAAAAGCAGCAGAAGAAACUUUAGACAUUGGGGGACGUUUGGUGGUUGUGUCAUUCCACUCCCUAGAAGAUCGUCUGGUGAAGCGGUUUUUAAGAGAACGUUCAGAGACGAAAAAGGUGGUUUCGCGUUAUAUACCGCAGCACGUAGAAGAAGACAAAUAUUCUCCAACAUUUAUCACUCCGAUUCGCAAAGCUUUAAAACCCGGAGAAGAGGAAAUAAAUCUUAACCCAAGAGCACGUUCGGCACGUUUGCGUGUGGGGGUAAAGGUGCAGCUUUCAGAAAAUGAGAAGGGGGAACAAUGA